AUGGAAGAUCUAUGCACAGCUUGUCUGUGCGUUGGCAGGAAUCUAUUCUUUAUUGGGGAGACUGGCUGUUACACAUUGUAUUAUCAAAUUUUAAAUGAAGUUGAGGUUGUCAGUGAUGGUGCCGAGACAGUGGGGUGUGCGAGGAUUUGCUGGGAGUGCAGGGCGGUGAUGUGCCGUUUCCAGCGUUUUAAAGCGAGAGCACAGCGCUGCUACGCGCAGCUGAUGGGGCGUCUGCAGAAUGGUGCCACAAAACUCUCCAGCGAGGAUUCGAAUCUGGGAAUACAGCACGUAGUAAACAUAAGCUACCCGGAGGUCCCGGUCAAGUGUGAGUCGGGCGACGAGCUCGUCCCGGAGAACGUCAAAAGCGAGACGGUGGACAGCGAGGCUGAACAGCACUGCGAGCCUGAGACAUUCGUGAGGGACCUGACCCUUGGACAUCCGGAGGCGAAGAAGAAAGGGACUGUUAAAAAGACAAGCAGAAAGAGGAUAAAGAAGAAGGUCAAGAAAAAGAAACCCGCCAAGUUGAAAGCGAAGGACAUCAGCGACUCGGAGCCCUGGUUGGACGAGUGCGCUGAGAAAGAAGAAGAAGAUGUAAAGAAGGAGGAAGAGAAGCUGCGAGAAGAGAAGAUCGCGACGGACGACUGUGAUACGGAAAUCGAAUUAGAACCUAGAAUAGUUAAUACUGUAGAAGCGAAGAAACCUGUGGCGAGCGGAGUCGGGGAGCGGCCGCAGUGUGUGGAGUGUGGGAAGAUGUUCAGCUCUAAGAAGACUUAUAGAUACCAUCUUAAUGUUCUGCACAAAGGCCAGAACCGCUACCCAUGUCCCAGGUGCGGAAAGGUCUACCAGUGGAAGUCGAACCUUGGAAGGCAUAUGAGGAGUCACAAGGCGCGCGACUCUGGGGAGCUUCGGUGCUCGCCGUGCGGGAAGCUGUUCGCGUCGGUGGCCACCUUCCGCCAGCACCUGCGCGUCUCCAGGCGCCACGUGCCCGAGGCCGACUUCGGGUUCACGUGCGACGAGUGCGGGAAGAAGUUCGUGAACAAGACCCGCCUGAGGGACCACAUCGACUGGGAGCACCUCAAGAAGAUCAAGUUCCGGUGCCAGCUCUGCAACAAGCCGUACAAGUGCCACACGUCCCUGUACGUGCACACGCAGAACGUCCACCGCGAGAGGCACUCGCGGGACAACCUCUGCCACGUGUGCGGCAAGUCCUACCAGAACGGCGCCAAGCUGAAGUACCACAUAGUGGCGAUGCACACGAGCGAGACGCCCUACCAGUGCGAGCGGUGCAGCGCCGCCUUCGGCUGGUACUCCAGCCUCUACCGGCACGUGCGCGAGGUGCACUACAAGAUGAAAGUGCAGCCUAAGAAGUCUAAGAGGGCGAAGAAGUUGGCUGGAGACGGCUUGGCUGCUCUGUUGCCCGCCCACGAGGCUCCCCACCCGGGGCCGGCU